AGCUGCAUAGACCUCUUAGUCGCGUACUGGCACAGAUCGCGAGCGGUUCGUUUCGAGCGCGUUUCAACUUUGAUAAGCGCAACAGCACAAAAGACACACAAAUACACAUAUAUACUUAUAAAUAUAUACAUAUAGAAAUGCAUGUGUAUUUCCAAAAUAUCAGGAGCACAUUCUGAGCUCGUAGCGCCCAAUUCAUUGUGUUGUUUAUUGCCCGACAACACGAACUUAUAUCGGCAACACGCGGCGUAUACUCAACGCCCAAAAUACGAGUUGUGAGCCGCCCCCCUCGCCUCCUUAACACCUCCGUCCCUGCUCGGGCAAGACGACAGCUUUUAACGUUUUGAGGGAAAGCGUUCAAAGUGCUCCAAAUCAUACGACCGUAACAAGCAGCGUGCACCGUGAUUAGCAAUCGGGCAAGAGCUAUUGAAUCAAUCGUAUUCCGCCGUAUCGAGCAUCGAUUAGCUGCUAUCAGGUAUCAUGGGCUACGACGACGUCAUUGCGCACCUGGGCGAAUUUGGGCGCUAUCAGAAGCGCAUCUACUUGCUGCUCUGUCUGCCGGCCAUCGUCUGCGCCUUCCACAAGCUGGCCGGCGUGUUUCUGCUCGCACGGCCAGAGUUUCGUUGCCUGCUGCCGCAUGAGGAUCCAGACACGGCGCGCUUUGAUACCCUGCCGCGGCAACAAUGGCCGCUGGCAUAUCCCAACGACAGCAUCACCGGCAAGCCGGACACCUGUGCCUAUUACAAUGUCAGCUACACCGAGCAGUAUCUAAAUGGCAAUCACACGGCCGCACAGAAUGGAACGCUGCAGUGCAGCAGCUAUGUCUACGAUCAGUCCAAGUAUCUAAAUAGCGCCGUCACCGAAUGGGAUAUGGUGUGCAGUCGCAGCCUGCUGAGCGCCACCAGCGACUCGCUGUUCAUGGUGGGCGUGCUGCUAGGCAGCUUCAUCUUUGGCCAGAUGUCCGACAAGCUGGGACGCAAGCCCACCUUCUUUGCCUCGCUGGUUACGCAGCUGAUCUUUGGCGUGGUUGCGGCCGUGGCACCGGACUACUUCACCUAUACCAUCUCACGGCUAAUUGUGGGCGCCACCACAUCGGGCGUGUUCCUGGUGGCCUAUGUGAUAGCCAUGGAAAUGGUGGGCGCCUCGUAUCGCCUGUUCGCUGGUGUUGCCGUGCAAAUGUUCUUCUCGGUGGGCUUUAUGCUGACCGCGGGCUUCGCUUACUUCAUCCAUGACUGGCGCUGGCUGCAGAUUGCGCUGACGCUGCCCGGUCUGCUGUUCAUGUGCUACUAUUGGAUCGUGCCCGAGUCUGCGCGCUGGCUGCUCUCCAAGGGACGCAAGGAGGAGGCCUUUGUGAUCAUUGAGAAGGCGGCCAAGGUCAACCGCGUGCAGAUACCCAGCGAAAUCUACGAACAGCUUGUCGAGGAGGCAGCCGAAAAGAAGCGCAAGGAUGAGCUAGCCGCCGCAGAGCCCUCGGCAUCCGUGUUCGAUCUGCUGCGCUAUCCGAAUCUGCGCCGAAAAACGCUGCUCAUCUUUUUCGACUGGUUCGUCAAUAGCGGCGUCUACUAUGGUCUCUCGUGGAAUACGAACAACCUGGGCGGCAAUCAGCUGGUCAACUUUGUGAUCUCUGGCGCCGUGGAGAUACCAGGCUAUACGCUGCUGCUCUUUACCCUGAACAGAUGGGGUCGCCGCACCAUACUCUGUGGCGCCAUGCUGGUUGCCGGGAUCAGCUUGCUGCUGACCAUUGUUGUGCCAAGCGAUAUGAACUGGCUGCUCAUUGCCUGCGCCAUGAUUGGCAAGCUGGCCAUCACUUCAUCCUAUGGCACCGUGUACAUCUUUACGGCCGAGCAGUUUCCCACUGUGGUGCGCAAUGUGGGCUUGGGUGCCUCCUCGAUGGUGGCGCGCGUGGGCGGCAUUCUGGCGCCCUAUCUCAAUCUGUUGGGCGAGAUCUGGCGACCCUUGCCACUGGUCAUCUGCGGUGCGCUCUCGCUGACUGCCGGCCUGAUGUCGCUGCUGCUGCCCGAGACGCUCAACAAGCCGAUGCCGGAGACUAUCGAGGAUGGCGAGAACUUCGGCAAGAAGCAGCGGGCGCCUGGCACCGAGGAGCUGAAGAGCAUGCUCAAUGGCAAAUUUGGCGACGAGACGCGCCGCUGAUGGCGAUCGUGUCUCAAGACAGAUCACAACUGGCCAUUUCAGCGAAUUUACGCAAUUUGCAUUUAUUUAUUCGACGAAAAAGUAUUCCAACUGUACACAAUAUCGCACCACGUCGCAUUUGUGGAACCACAAUUUCAUUUACAUUUAUUGUCCAUUAAAAACAAAGCACAACAUUCACUUCGUCUGGGUAGCAUUGAACUUUAUUCUGUAUUAAAUAUAUUUAUUUUUA